AUGGAGCAACCUCGGUUAUUAUCUAAGAUAGCCACAGGCAAUGGACAUGGUGAAAAUUCUCCCUAUUUUGAUGGAUGGAAAGCUUAUGAAAAUGAUCCUUUUCAUCCCACAAAUAAUCCUAAUGGAGUUAUCCAAAUGGGUCUUGCAGAAAAUCAGCUUGCUUCUGACUUGGUUGAAAAUUGGAUAACAAGUAAUCCAGAGGCUUCAAUUUGCACUCUUGAAGGAGUAACUCAAUUCAAAGCCAUGGCUAAUUUUCAGGAUUAUCAUGGUUUGCCACAAUUUAGACAAGCUGUGGCUAAAUUGAUGGAAAGAACAAGAGGGAAUAGAGUUUCUUUCGAUCCGGACCGCAUUGUUAUGAGCGGCGGAGCAACCGGAGCACAUGAGGUUAUAGCCUUUUGUUUGGCGGAUCCCGGCGAUGCAUUUUUGGUGCCAACCCCUUAUUAUGCAGGUUUUGAUAGGGAUUUGAAGUGGAGAACCGGAGUUCAACUUGUUCCAGUCAUUUGUAAAAGCUCUAAUAAUUUCAAGCUCACAAAAAAAAGCCUUAGAAUAUGCGUUUGA